AUGGCUUUCAGCUACGUAAGUUCUAACACUGCUUUGGACAUUCCAUACACCACGUACCCAGAUUUACUGAAAAGAAGAGCAGAAGAGAGUCAUGAUAAGGUUGUGUAUAUUUUCAUUGACGAUGACAACGCGAGAUUUGAACUAACAUAUGGGGACCUCUACGACAAGGCAAACAAGUUUGCCAAAACACUGGUUCAGAUGGGUGUUAAAAGAGGUGACAUUAUAGGUCUUAGUGGUAGAAAUGUCCCUGAAUGGCUUAUUGCUCACUUUGGGGUGCAGAUGGCGGGGGGAUGUCCGCUAUGUUUGCCCUAUCAAGAGAGGGAAGAUCAGAUUACCAAAUUGUUGAACAGUGUCGGGAGUGUAAAGAUGCUAAUCAUGGAUCCCGGUGUUGAGGGCCGAAAUUGUCAUAUUUCCGAAUAUGUCGUUGAUAAGGGAAAUGGCAAAGUAGAAUGCAAAUCAAUCCCUGCACUGGAAAACGUAAUUCUGUUUUACCCAAAUGAACGAAUGUCAUCAGCGUACACAGUUGCAGAGUUAUGCUCCCGCCAUGUUGAUUUGGAACUUCCAAGAAUCGACCCAGAAGACGUAGCUCUUGUAUCCUUGACCUCAGGUUCUUCCGGGUUCUCAAAAGCAAUCCCCUCUUCACACCACGCACUGGUCGUGAUAGCUUGGCACUGUUACUCACAAUUUCUACACAGGGCGGAUAAAGACAUCUUCUACAACGACCGACCGUUCUCGUGGAUUGCAGGCUAUCCUGUAUGGGAAAUGGCUGCUUGUGGAACACGAGUUACACUGACAAAUGCACUACAUUCGUCUUCCAUGGUUAAUGCCGUAAAAACUGCAACCAAUUUUAUAACAAAAGAAAAGGCGACUCAAGCACUUUUGGUUCCAUCCAUCCUUGAAUUGGUAAUGAAAAGGAAAAUACCCCUGAAAAUAAAGAGAGCCAUUACUUCGGGUGUGGUGGCGCAUACCUCACUCCUGGAAUGUAUUGAUGAAAUUUGCGACGAGUUGCAAGUUACAUACGGAAUGACAGAAAUGGGGAUCGUUUGUUCAAGAGUUUUCACCUCAGAUGACAAAUCCAGUGUACAAAAUAUGUUACUAGGAGUUCGUCCCUCUCCAUGGGUUGAAGUUAAGAUCACAGACGACCAUGGGCAUCUUCAACCUGUUGGACAGAGAGGAAACAUUUUGAUUCGAAGCAAAAAACGAUUUACUGGUUAUCUGAAUCACGAUCUUCCACCACAAACUGAGGAUUUGUUAUUGAAAAGCGGAUGGUUUUUUCCUAAAGAUGGCGGUUACGUGUCAGAAGAUGGUCUUUUGUUUGUAGAAGGGCGGCUGCAAGAAAUGAUUCAAGUUUUCGGAAGAAAAAUAUACCCAUUCGAGAUCGAAAAUGUUAUCAAAGCAAAGAGUAAUGUUAUUGCUGCCAUUGUAUUGCCAAUAAAAGAAAUGGAAACGGGAGAUCAUGUUCCAAGUGCCGCGAUAAUCUACCAACCACAGAAUGAGGACUCCAUGGAGAGUAUGCAGGUCUACCUCCGAAAAGAAUUCAAUAUAACGGAAGAAAACCAGUUACUUGAAUGCCUUUACGUUCCGAUGGUUAUCGUUGGGUUUAAAACAUUUCCCGCUUUAGCAAAUGGAAAGCUAGAUCGUGAAGCCAUUCGGAAAACUAUGCAAAGGAAACUGACCAAAGAACAAAUCGGUCGCCUUUCUUUCCAAUAG